UGGGCUACAUAGGGAGACCCUGUCUCAGCAAACACACAACACAAAAAAGCAGAAGGGAUAGAAGAACUUUAUCCUAACUUUUCUCUGGGUUCCAAAGGUAGGCUUGCGUUUUGUAGUGUGUUUGUUUGAAGGAUGCCAGGAGGCUCUGGGUGUGGGGGAGCAAGGGAUACCUUGGCUCCAAGGGCCUCCCCUUAUUCCCUCUGCUCUUCCUCUGCAGGAUGUCCAUGCGGAGCCCAGUCUCUGCGCAGCUGGCCCUGGAUGGCGCUGGCACCAUGGUGAACUGUACCAUCAAGUCUGAGGAGAGGAAGGAGCUUUGCCACGAGGCUCCUCAGGGUGCAGCCACUGCAGCUGAGCCCCAACCUGGAGACCCAGCCCGGGCACCCCAGAAUGCUACUGAUCCCCAAGCUCCAGCUCAGGACUGUGGUUCUCCAGAGAGCAAUGGGUCCCCAGAGCCCAGGAGACCAGCGGCCUCUGAGGCUGCUUCUGGAAGCCAGGAGAAGCUGGACUUUAACCGUAAUCUACAAGAAGUUGUGCCGGCCAUCGAGAAGCUAUUAUGCAGUGACUGGAAGGAGCGGUUUCUGGGAAGGAGCUCUGUGGAAACCAAAGAUGUCAAAGGGACUCAAGAGAGCCUGGCAGAGAAGGAACUCCAGCUUUUGGUCAUGAUCCACCAACUGUCUACCCUACGGGACCAGCUCCUGACAGCCCAUUCAGAGCAGAAGAACAUGGCUGCCAUGCUUUUCGAGAAACAGCAACAGCAGAUGGAGCUGGCCCGGCAGCAGCAGGAGCAGAUCGCCAAGCAGCAGCAGCAGCUGAUUCAGCAGCAGCAUAAGAUCAACCUCCUCCAGCAGCAGAUCCAGCAGGUCAACAUGCCUUAUGUCAUGAUCCCAGCCUUCCCCCCAAGCCACCAGCCUCUGCCUGUCACCCCUGACUCCCAGCUGGCUUUGCCUAUUCAGCCCAUCCCCUGCAAACCAGUGGAGUACCAGCUGCAGCUGCUGCAUAGCCCUCCUGCCCCUGUGGUGAAGAGGCCUGGGGCCCUGGCCACCCACCACCCUCUGCAGGAGCCCUCCCAGCCCCUAAACCUCACAGCCAAGCCCAAGGCUCCUGAGCUGCCCACCACCUCCAGCUCCCCGAAUCUGAAGAUGAGCAACUGUGGGCCCCGCCCCCCCAGCCAUGGAGCCCCCACGCGGGACCUCCAGUCCAGCCCUCCCAGCCUGCCUCUAGGCUUCCUUGGUGAAGGGGAUGCUGUCACCAAAGCCAUCCAGGAUGCUCGACAGCUGCUACACAGCCACAGUGGAGCCUUGGAAAGCUCCCCCAACCCACCCUUCCGCAAGGACCUCAUCAGUCUGGACUCGUCCCCAGCCAAGGAGCGGCUGGAGGAGAGCUGUGUGCACCCACUGGAAGAAGCCAUGCUGAGCUGCGACAUGGACGGCUCUCGCCACUUCCCUGAGUCCCGGAACAGCAGCCACAUCAAGAGACCCAUGAAUGCCUUCAUGGUGUGGGCCAAGGAUGAGCGGAGGAAGAUCCUCCAAGCCUUCCCGGACAUGCACAACUCCAGCAUUAGCAAGAUCCUUGGCUCUCGCUGGAAGUCCAUGACCAACCAGGAGAAGCAGCCCUACUACGAGGAGCAGGCACGGCUGAGCCGGCAGCACCUGGAGAAGUAUCCAGACUACAAAUACAAGCCACGGCCCAAGCGUACCUGCAUCGUGGAGGGCAAGCGACUGCGUGUGGGGGAGUACAAGGCCCUGAUGAGGACAAGGCGUCAGGAUGCCCGCCAGAGCUACGUGAUCCCCUCACAGGCUGGCCAGGUGCAGAUGAGCGCCUCCGAUGUCCUGUUCCCUCGGGUGGCAGGCAUGCCCCUGGCCCAGCCACUGGUGGAGCACUCUGUUCCCCACAGCCUGGAUCCCAACAUGCCCGUCAUUGUCAAUACCUGCAGCCUCAGGGAGGAGGGUGAGGGUACAGAUGACAGGCACUCAGUGGCUGAUGGCGAGAUGUACCGGUACAGCGAGGACGAGGACUCAGAGGGUGAAGAGAAGAGCGACGGGGAGUUGGUGGUGCUCACAGACUGAUAUCCAGCUGCUGGCCUGGCCCCUUCUCCACUGUGGAAGACUUUGUCCUCACCCUGAUGGGCGCAGCCAGCCGGCCUGGACUAUGUUGGUACUUGGAUUUGAGCAUGCCCAGGUGAUGGGCAAAGCUGUGCACUUGUAGAUACAUUCACAAGGGGAAAGUCCUCCCCACCACACCUGCGGUCACACCUGAGGAGCUACCAGCCUAGACAGGCGGCUUUGCAUGGUGGUGAUGGGCGGAGCUGGCUGAGCUCCUUGGCCCUGGGGCUAAUAGCCAGGGACACUGGAUGACCCUCUCCUCUCUUGCAGAUCUACCUACCUAGGGGUAUGGCAGCACACACCUGUCUCCCUGGGGUCACAUGCUUUGUUUCCAUUCUUGUCCUGGCUGGACAAGCCAGCCACUGUGGGACCAGCACCCCUUCCUAUACACCCCCAGAUCACUCCUCUUGUCACCAGGAUCACUUUGUACUUCGUGCAAAAUGGCCUGCUGUCCCUAGCCAUCUCUCUCUGCCUAGCCCAUGGUGCCUCUGGCUUGUGUGCACAUGCACGCAUUUUCAUCCAU